UAUGUUACCUUCUUCAGAAAUUGUGCCGUUUUAUUAUAAAACCAUUUUUAAAACAAUGAAACUCAACAGCAAUACAGAAAUAAUUGGUCAGAAAGUCAUGCUAGUUCCUUAUAGAGACUAUCACGUCCCCAAGUAUCACAUUUGGAUGAAAUCCGAAGAACUACAAAAGCUUACAGCAUCGGAGCCACUCACUUUAGAUGAAGAAUAUGAAAUGCAGAAGUCUUGGAGAGAAGAUGAAGAUAAAUGCACUUUUAUCAUAUUGGACAAGUGUCAUUAUGAGCAGGAGAGUGAUGAGAUAGAGUCAAUGAUUGGAGAUACAAACAUAUUCAUAGUGGACCGAGAACUGGAGAUUGGUGAAAUUGAAAUAAUGCUAGCUGAGGAAACAGCAAGAGGCAAGAAACUUGGCUGGGAAGCUGUCAUCCUUAUGUUGUUAUAUGGCAUAAAACAUAUUCAUUUGAAAAUGUUUGAAGCAAAGAUCUCAUUUUCAAAUGAAAUAAGCAUCACAAUGUUUAAAAAACUAGGUUUUGAGGAGAAAUCUAGAAGUGACGUGUUUCAAGAAGUAACAUUACAGAAAAAAGUGACUGAAGAAUGGAUAGAGUGGCUGUCGAAACAUUAUCAAUAUGAAAUACAGACUUGUUAAAGUACACAUUUGUUAGUUUAAUUUUUUUGUCAUUAUUUUGUUAUUUAACUAAUACAAUAAAAAUAGCAACUUCCACUUGAACUCGA